GCAGCAGCUGUGAAGCCGAAUCUGUGUCAGCAGCGAAGAAGCGUCGACUGUGAGCCCAAGCUUGAUUGUUGUCAUGCCUUGCUGUGUGUGGGCACAAACUGCUUCGUUAGCAAAGUUGUUGUGAAUGAAACCGAACACUGCAAUCAUCACCAAACAUCUCCACUCCUGAGCUUAUGAUGGAAUGAAGGUCAUUGAUAACCAACUGAAAAUGCUUGGCUUUGGGGCACUACCCUGAGGAACUCCUACAGCAAUGCCCAGGGGCAAAGAUGAUUGGUUUCCAGCAAUCGUGACCAUCUUCCUUUAUGCCAUUGGAGAGAUUUCCCCGUUUCCCACUAACUUCAAUUUUACUAGAGCUUCUUGAUGCCACAUUAAAUAAAAUGCUGCCUUGAUUCCAAGGACACUCAUACCGUCGAUCUGGAAUUCCAUUCUCUUUCAUAUGUUUGGGCCAAGACUGUAAUCAGCCCAAGAGUCGAUUUGAAAAGUUAACUAAUUUUUUUUUAAGCUUCGGAACAUCUAUCAGAUUUUCCUAAAGAAUAAUGACCUCAACAAAUCAGCAAACAGUUCCAGCUGGCCACCACAAAAAGCCACCUAUAAAAACUUUUGAGAAAACCUAAUGGUAUUAUAACUCAUCGCUACAGACCAAAGCCUAGUGACAACACCAUCUCCCUGUCUGCAACUGCUGAAAAAUCUGAUUCACCUUGGUCCAAGUAAGAGUAACACGCUGUCAGAAACUAUGGAGGACACUUCUAACACCGAUGUUGAAGUCUCCCUACAGCUAGUUGGAAUUCCCAGCACCAUGGACCCUCCUCAUCCUGCCAAUCACAGAGGAGAUCAACAGUCUCCCACAGAAAGCAUCAACCGUAGUGAAGAUGAGCGCAGCCGACAAUUGGAGCGCCUGAGCCGAGAGGAAGCGUACUAUCAAUUUAUCAAUGACCUUAGCGAGGAGGACUACCGACUUAUGAGAGACAGCAACCUUCUUGGCACUCCAGGUGAAAUUACAGCAGAAGAACUACAACAGCGUUUGGAUGGUGCUAAGGAGCAAUUAACAACACAAAACGGUCUGGGUAACAGUGAACAUGAACAUAAUCAGACCCAAGGCUCUGACACACCAGGAGAAAGUUCUAAUAGCGAUUCCCUUCUUGAGUGGCUUAACACAUUUAGACGUACUGGAAAUGCCACCCGUAGCGGACAAAGUGGAAACCAGACCUGGAGAGCUGUUAGCCGUACAAAUCCUAACAGUGGCGAGUUUCGUUUCAGCCUUGAAAUCAACAUUAAUCAUGAGCAUGAAGCUGGCAAUGGUCAGUCUUUGGACACAUCUGUAGUAGAAAAUAACAGGAAUCGAAACAUAGAAAAUGCCCACCCACAAAGUUUGUUGAGUUCUGUUGCCAGUCGUACAAGAAGUCGAACUCGAGCCCAAGUCCAACUGGCUGAUGAACAGACAAACUCUGAAAGCAAUUUUGGAGGCACAGUGAGGAUUGAGGAAGUUGAAGCCAUGGAAGUUACUCCACCUUUAGCCCAAAGGCGUAUCAGAAGCAGAACUAUUGAAAGAGCUACAAGUAGGCAGAGACCUAGGAGGCAAAGUGCAAAUCGACAAGCUGCUUUAAGUGUAGCUGUUGAACGACAAGUUGGUAGACGAAGAACAGGACGGCAUAGCUUUAGAACAAUACAGGAAGAGGAGCAGCAGGAUUGGAUUGAGCCUGUAGAGUUGCAAAGGGACAGCAUUCAAACCGCUGUGAGAGAGAGUAAUGUGCACAGGCAAAUGGAACAGCACAGAUCUUCUCGGAACUUUCAAACCAGACGAAGUCGAUCACCCUUGCGUAGAGAAAGUGUUACUAUAAAUUCUUCGGAUGGGUCUCUAUUCCAGCAGGAAGAUUAUAUACAGCCGAGACAGAACGUGAGAAGGCAACGGACAAUGGACCAAUCCACCAUGACUACUGAGGAACUGCAGGCUGUCAGUAGCAAUUCUUCUGCGCAAUCAACAGUUGGUGGAAUGCUUAGACAAGAAGCUAUGGAUGAAGGAGAUGUAAACCAUUCCAGUGGAUCCUCUGUAGCUGUUCGAAGGCACCCAACUAUUAUGUUAGAUCUUCAGGUUAGAAGGAUACGUCCUGGAGAAAACCGAGAUCGUGACAGUAUUGCUAAUAGAACUCGAUCCCGUGUCCGUAUGGCAGAAAAUACCGUGACUUUUGAAAGUGACAGUGGUGGUUUCCGCCGUACCAUCUCCCGAUCUGAACUUGCAGGUAUUAGGACUUAUGUUAGCACUAUCCGUAUACCUCUGCGCAGGAUAUCUGAAACUGGGCUUGGUGAGCCAUCAUCCAUAGCCUUGAGGUCAAUACUUCGUCAGAUUAUGACAGGAUUUGGUGAAUUGAGCUCUCUAAUGGAGAAUGAUUCUGAUUCUGAACUUAACCAAAGAGUUCAGCAGAAUCCAUCUGAUGGUGCUGAUUCAAUUAGCUCGCAGAUUAGUUCAAACAGCAAUCUCUUGAACCCAAAUAAUGAAUCAACUGACACAUUAACAGGGGACCGAUCAGGAAUGAAUGAAAGCAUGCAGAACGAAAUUCUUGACAAUGCAGCUGAAAGCAGAGACACCAGACAAAGCCGAGACACAAAUAGUUUAGUAGAAAAUGGUACCCUGCCAAUUUUACGGCUUGCUCACUUCUUUUUACUGAAUGACGAUGAUGAAGAGGAACGUCAGAGGGGUCUGACCAAAGAACAAAUUGACAAUCUUUUAACUCGGAAUUAUGGAAACAUCAGUGCAGAGAAUGAAGUUAGCAAAACUUGCAGUGUGUGUAUUAAUGAGUAUGCAGUUGGAAACAAGCUUAGAAGACUACCUUGUGCACAUGAAUUUCAUAUUCAUUGUAUUGACCGUUGGCUUUCUGAAAAUUCCACCUGUCCUAUUUGUCGACAGCCUAUUUUGGGAUCCAGUAAUUGAUUGGGGAGGACGUUGUACACAAGCAUCUUGUCCAUUUUGGAAACUUUAAAGCACUAAAAACCUGAGUUAUAGGAAUUUGUAAAACAAAUGUUAUAGAUUCUAUUAUAGAACCAUGAAAUACAUUCUUAUUGCUUCUUGCUGAAGCUUUAUUUUUUUAGACAUUUUUUGUUGAGCUGAGCACUUUGUCAUUGGAAUGAUUGGAACUGAAAAGUGAGCCAAGCUGAAAUAUAUUAUUGUACAUGAUUAAUCAUAUCUAAUACAUUUGUAGAUACAAUUGUGGUUUAUAGUGUGCUCUUUUUGUUACAGGAUAACAGUGCAAAUUAACAUAAGGCAAUUGUCAUUCAGUCCGACUUAUAGUGCAAAUCAUCUGAUGAGCAGAAUUAAAUUGCCCUGAAUCAUUGUUUAUGAUAUAUAAAAUACGACUUUACAGAUUGAUAAAAUGAGAUUGGUAUUCUGCAAAUAAAAAGCACGCAAAACAUUUGCAAGAGAAUAGACUGAUAUUUCUGCCAAAUUACAAUGAAACUUGCUGAUAUUUACUACAAACUUUAAAUUUGGAACCAGUAUUCCUAAUAAAGAAUCAUUUGAUGUA